CCACUCUGUCACUAGCAGAGAAGCUCUGCUUGAGCACUGCUUCCGAAAUGCAGCCGGCUGGGAGGUCCACACGCCUCGCCUGAAGGAGCCGGAUGCCUUCUGGAUCAAACAUGAAUGACUUGCUGAAGGUGCCCCUGGUGCAAGUCCUCACCCUGGCAGCCCUCAGCUUGGCUGAGACACUCCUGAAAGCUCCCUUAAUCACCACUCCUUUGGAAACAGUGGAUGCCCUGGUAGAGGACGUGGCCAAGUUUGUCUGUGUAGUGGAGUCGUACCCUGAGCCGGAGAUUACGUGGACACGCAACAGCAUUCCCAUCAGGCUGUUCGACACGCGGUACAGCAUACAGAGGAACGGGCAGCUCCUGACCAUUCUGAGCGUUGAGGACAGUGAUGAUGGGGUGUACUGCUGCACAGCAGAUAACGGGGUUGGAGCAGCUGCACAGAGCUGUGGGGCUCUCCAGGUGAAAAUGCGACCCAAAAUAACCCGACCACCUGUAAAUGUGGAAAUAAUAGAAGGCUUAAAGGCUGUUCUUCCAUGCACUACAAUGGGGAAUCCAAAACCUUCUGUUUCAUGGGUCAAAGGAGAAACAGUUGUAAAGGAGACUGCUCGCAUUGCUGUCCUCGAUUCAGGGAAUUUAAGGAUACACAAUGUUCAGAGAGAAGAUGCAGGACAGUAUCGUUGUGUAGCCAAGAACAGUCUGGGCACAGCCUAUUCGAAACCCGCAACUGUUGUAGUGGAAGUGUUUGCCAGAAUCUUGAAGGCUCCCGAAUCCCAAAAUAUCACCUUUGGUUCUGUGGUGACCUUGCGGUGCACGGCGGCCGGUCUUCCAGUCCCUACUGUCACCUGGCUGGAAAAUGGGAAAGCUGUUUCUGCAGGGUCUAUAAUGGAAAGUGUCAAGGACAGAGUGGUUGAUUCCAGACUGCAGGUGUACGUCACCCGACCUGGCCUGUUCACUUGCCUUGCCACGAACAAACACAGCAAAACUUUUGGAGCUGCAAAAGCAGCAGCAACCAUCAGGAUUUCAGAGUGGAGCAAGCUGUACAAGGGUGAUGCAGGUUACUGCAGCACUUACAGAGGUGAGGUGUGCAGUGCUAUCUUGGCGAAGAAUGCUCUUGUUUUCUUCAACUCCUCCUAUGCUGACCCAGAGGAGACCCAAGAGCUGCUUGUGCACACUGCCUGGACUGAACUGAAAAUGGUGAGUUCAUUCUGCCAACCGGCUGCUGAGUCUCUGCUGUGUAACUACAUCUUCCAGGAGUGCAAUCCCUCCGGAGCUGGGCCAGCUCCAAAACCAGUGUGCAGAGAGAAUUGCCUUGCUGUAAAGGAUCUCUACUGCUUUAAGGAAUGGCUCUCAAUGGAGGAAAACUCUCAGAAGGGGAUUUACAAGCCAGGGCUGAUGUUGCUCACUCUUCCUGAAUGCAACAGACUGCCCAGCCUGCAUGAGGACCCCAGCUCCUGCACCCACAUCCCUUUCUUUGAUUUUAAGAAGGAGAAUAUAACCAGGACUUGCUACAGUGGCAAUGGCCAGUUUUACCAGGGCUGGGCCAACAUCACGGCCUCUGGCAUUCCCUGCCAGAAGUGGAGUGACCAGGCUCCCCACUUGCACAGGAGGACUCCUCAGGUUUUUCCUGAGCUGUCUGAUGCUGAGAAUUACUGUCGCAACCCAGGAGGUGAGAAUGAACGUCCCUGGUGCUACACGAAAGACCCAGCCGUGACCUGGGAAUACUGCAGCGUGCCUCCCUGUGGAGAUGCAUUGUUGUCACUAGGAACAAGAAAACCAAAUGGAGAGACUCUAAAUCUCCCCCCUUCUCCUCCCUUUUCCCCUACGUACUCCAUGACUGUCAUCAUCUCGAUUAUCUCCAGCUUUGCUCUGGUUGUGAUCUUCGGCAUUGUCACCCUGGUUUGCUGCCGUCACCGAAAGCAGUGGAAAUCCAAAAAAAGGGAGUCUGAGACACCAACGCUCACCACUCUGCCCUCUGAACUACUUCUGGACCGGCUGCACCCCAACCCAAUGUACCAGCGCAUGCCCCUUCUCCUCAAUCCAAAAUUGCUUAGCCUGGAGUAUCCCAGGAACAAUAUAGAAUAUGUGAGAGAUAUUGGGGAAGGAGCAUUUGGGAGAGUCUUCCAAGCCAGGGCCCCAGGGUUGCUGCCCUAUGAGCCUUUCACAAUGGUGGCAGUAAAAAUGCUGAAGGAGGAAGCAUCUGCAGACAUGCAGGCCGACUUUCAGAGGGAAGCAGCUCUCAUGGCAGAGUUUGACAAUCCAAAUAUUGUCAAGCUUUUAGGUGUGUGUGCUGUUGGGAAACCGAUGUGCCUGCUGUUCGAGUACAUGGCCUAUGGGGAUCUAAAUGAGUACCUGCGUGACCGCUCACCCCGCAACCUCUGCAGCCUGGUACACAGCAGUCUGGACACAAGGAUUCGCCUCCCUAACCCCUUGGCACUGUGCUGCACCAGCCAGCUCUGCAUUGCCAAGCAGGUUGCUGCUGGCAUGGCAUACCUCUCUGAGCGCAAAUUUGUGCACCGAGAUUUGGCCACCAGGAACUGUCUGGUGGGGGAGAACAUGGUGGUCAAAAUUGCCGAUUUUGGUCUUUCAAGGAACAUGUAUUCAGCUGACUAUUACAAAGCAAACGAGAAUGAUGCCAUCCCCAUCCGCUGGAUGCCCCCCGAGUCCAUUUUCUACAACCGCUACACCACAGAGUCUGAUGUGUGGGCCUAUGGAGUGGUGCUGUGGGAGAUCUUCUCCUAUGGCAUGCAGCCCUACUAUGGGAUGGCUCAUGAAGAGGUCAUCUACUAUGUGAGGGAUGGGAAUGUCCUCUCCUGCCCAGACAACUGUCCCCUGGAGCUCUACAACCUGAUGCGUCUCUGCUGGAGCAAGCUGCCCGCCGACCGGCCGAGCUUUGCUAGCAUCCACCGCAUCUUGGAGCGCAUGUACGAGAGGGCUGUGGCCAACAUGUCAAUCUGAGGGGUGUGUUUUCUUGCACUUCCUUCCUUGUCUCCUGUGUCAACCUAUCCAGAGUGACUUGGACCAGCCCAUGAGCUCCUGAGUGAUGGUGGCUUCACACAAAUCCCACUUCAGGGGAAAAGAAACAGCUCGUUCCUCUACCAAGCAAGAGGUGAACUGCUUCCCCUUAGGCACCUCCCUGGGUGGGACUGUACCUCCAAAACAACAGGGCUGACCUCUGGCCACCAAGCCAAGACUCCUUACGUUGGUGAAGGUGUACCCAUAUUAAGCAUUUCCAGGAGCACAGAGUUCCCCAGGAAAGCCAACCAAUGUUUCAGUGGUGACACUUCCCUUCCUAGUGGGUUCAUCCAUGUCUUUCUGCAUUUAUGCUCUGGGCUUUUGCCUUUUUCUUCCCUUCCUCAUAUGUUUUCAAGUAUGGUUUAAAAAAAGAUUGCAGAAUUCAAUCUUAUUUUGGGGAUAUGUUUAUUAUUUUAUUUUUGCAUACUGUUUACUAUUUUGUUUUUGCAUACUUAUCCUUUUCCAGAAAAAGGACGUUUCUGAAGCCAUAGGCCCCUUUCUUCUUCCUUUUAGCUUUCACCUUCUCGCAUGACAAUAGCACUCAUAGAGUCAAAACAGGAACCUGCAGAACCACUGGCAGCCACCUGCAUCUCAUAUUACACAGAUGGGCAAACUCCUGUCAAGCGUGAAUCCUUCCAUUUUCAAAAGUGGGAAUCCACAGUGAGGUUCAUUUAAUCUUUGUUAAGGUCUCGCCCAAAAGCUUUCCUUAAGCAUUACAUCCCAUCUUUUUUGCCUUCCUCUGCAGCAACGAGGCUGUUUGAUGCUAAGGGAGAAAUUCAUCCCAAAGACCUGGUCUUGCACCUCAUAUGUGUCUGAUGUGUAUUUGUUUGCCUCUACAGGCAGUAUGGUCCUCAAUGUGCAAAAAGCAUGGAGCAAUGCAGGCCCUCUUGCAGAAAUGUGGCAGAUUAUGUUAUUUCUCUCCUUUUCCUUUUCAAUCUUUGCCUUCUAUUUGUGGUUUUCCUUUCCUGACAGCAGCACCUAAGUCCCACUACAAUGUUUGCUGGCCACCCUUCCUGUGCUACAGCUUAGAGGCACAGAAAUAAGGAAGGUGGACAUCUGUCAUUAAUGGUCUUCAGAGACAACCAGCCAGUUAGGAGAAGACGGAAAAAAUGGGAGUUCACACUCCACCCAAGAAGUUUUGCAGACUGUUCAUCUGCAGGGCAAAGAUGAGACUGACUCAGUUACACAUAGUCUGCAGCCAACCUCCAAACACCAAAUGCUGUUUCUUUGCUAAAAGUUCUUCAAAUUGUAAUUCAUGCUUUAGUGCCAGAGAAAAUUGAAUUCCCCUGAGUACAGGUUUUACCCUUUAGCUCCUUGAGGAGUGAAGAGAAGUUGUCACAGAGCCUCAUUGCUGAUACAAAAUAAAGCCCAAGGCAGGGAUGUGCAUUAUGACUGCAGAGCAGGAGCACCAUGGAAUAAGAGUUCAGUGUGGCUUCUGUAACGGUGACAUGCUGUUUGAGUCUAUCCAAAAAGCAGUGCAGAGCAGCCAUCUCUGGGAUUACCCACAGUAGCCUUGGUUUCUGAAAGGUAAGCUUAAAAAUCUUUGCUAACUAUUAUUAGCAACAAAACUGGAAAGAAUGUACCCUCCUCUGCUGCUCUCCUGGUUGUUUCCUUCUUUUUUACCCCUUCUAAAUAACCAUAUUCGUGCUGGUCGUGGCCACAAGAGCAUAAGUUUAAUAUUUUCAGACCACUGGUGUCAAUUUCACUCAGAGCAAAGACCUUGCAAAUACCCAAGACAGUGGGAAGAAAGAGGACGUUUGGACUGCAAAAUACUGAUGUGCUAAAAGAGCCUGGAUGUUUGCACAGUGAGCAGAAAAUGACCAGUGCUGUCUUACUCAUUUAGCAGUCCUACCAUCAUGCUACUGUGACAAAACAGUUUACUGAGGUUUGGAUGGUAAAAACAAAUAAUCUCGAAGACACCUAAGCCCUAGGUUUAAAUAAAAUAGUACUGGAGUUGAUUAUGUAGCUCCUGUUGUCACAGUAUGACCACCUCACAGUGCUCAGCAUUAAAUUCUGUUAGGCUGUAUUAGCUACCUUUCUGUCCUCCCCAUUCUGAGGAGGAAGGAGUGAGGAGGCAGGUCUGGAGGAAUGGGGGGUGAGUGGCAUCCCCAGCUGAGUGGAGGUGCCUGCAGCAUCUGCCAAGCUGAGACCUAGUUUGCAGCCCAGCAUCUGCUCCAUCUCUGUAAGGAAGGGUGCACAUUAGAGAUCCUUUCAGUGCUUGAGAUGAGCAGACAUUCAGUCACUCUCUUCAGAGAGGACAGGGUCAGAUCUUGUGUGUGGAUCAUGGUGUGAGUCCAGGUACCUAGGACCUUCUCCUGAUCUGGAAUGAUUCUUGCACUAAGCAAAGGGCAUGGUAACAGGUUGCAAAACCUGCACCGCGUGCUAACGUAUACAAACACAGCCUUCUGCAGUAUGGAGGACAGCCUGCCUUUCUGCCUUCUACAAUCCCAGUGCUGACUUCAAUCAUUCACUCUCUGUUUCUCCCAGUGAGAGGACUUUGAAACCACAAUCACAGUUGUCUUCUUGUUAGAUUCUGUAAUGUCACAUGCUUGAAAGUUUCCCUCACCUUCUUUAUAAAAAAAGGACUCACACAAAUGUGGAAGGAUAGUCCUUUUCAUCAUAUUUUCCUAAGCCCAAACCCUUAUCGCAGUGAUCCCAUAUUCAGAACAACAGUGGAAAAUUUGGUUUUCCUCAUCCAGCAUUCCAGCCUUUGCAUUAUAAGCAGGCACAGAAGUGUGUGAUAGUCAGUUACUGCAGGUCAGGAUGAAAAAUGCUCCCUGCGUUGCAAGAGGGAAGAGAUCAAGACAGUCUGAGAGGCUCUCAGCAACAUGCUCUCCAAGGAUGGUAACUGUUUCUGCGUACCAAUCCAGCAGGAGGGUUUAGCACCUAAAUGGUGGUGUCCUUUGAGGAUUAAAUGAUAGGCAGAACUUCUGCUGCCUUGGCAUGUAGCUGGAUUUUACUGUUUCCUCCUGCUGUACAUUUUUUAGCUUGCUAAAAGCUGGAGGUUGAACUGCUUUCAUGAUAUGCCCUCUUUCACAAAUAUUUUUUCUUCUCCUUUUGUUUAAGACUUCUGCUGUCUUCACUGUGUGUUAUACAGUGUGCUACUCUGGAUUCUUCCAGACUUUCUGUACCGCUAUCACAUAACACAAAUAAUUUUGAAUGAGAGUAAACAAAGGGAUUAUGGGAGAGUAGAAGAGAAAGGAAAAUCUGUUACUCAAACAGUUGUUUGGAAGCAAAAAUAUUUUGCUUCUAUAAUUUAGAUUUAUAAUUCAUGCAGAUAAAGAGAAUGAACCAAAUAUGGACAUUUUUGUGUUAAUUCUUGAACAUGCUUGUGCUGCAGCGUAGAGCACUUUUCUACAUCUAGCCCUGCCAGGACUGGCCCAAAAAAUAUGAAAUGUUUCAUGAAUUUGCAUGUUACUCUUGUGCAAGGGCCAUGCCAAUAUACUAAUUUAAAAUGAACAUUUUUGGUGCUUCGGUUCCCAUUCUCACUGAUGCCAGAGGGAGCCUUGCAGUCAGUGGCACUUGAUGAGAACCCUGAGAAGAAGAGGAUUCGCAGCCCAUUUGAGGUACCCAUUCCCUCUGCAAGUGUGUUUGCAGCACAUACACAUACACAUAUACAGCUCGUCUCAUUUCCCCAAGGGUACAUACUAGUUACUAUUCUGUAAUUGUAUGUUAUACAUUUUAUGAAUAAUUGCUUUGAAAGAUGUCCCCAGCAGAGAUGAACAUUUCUCAUCUCAACUUGUGUAACUCAUGUGUGCAAUAUUUUAUAAAAUAAAGAGGUAUCAAAAAGGAUAAUACUAAUUCUGUUCUCUCUGUUCUCUACCUCCUUCAGCAUGGUUUUGUUUUGCUUUGCUUUGUUUCCUGAAAAUGGAUGCAUUUAAUUUUAUUAAAAUAUACUUGUUAUA